AAGAAAAGCAUAGCCCACCUUCACAUAAAUUUCAGACCCACUCCCAUAUUUUUUUUCUCUCUCUAUACAACUACAGUUAGAUCACCAAGAUCUAGACUAGAUAACAAACAGGCUUGACACAAAAACUAACAGAUUAUACAUAUACCAUAAGCCUUGAAAAUAAACCUACAGAAACCACUUAUCAUUACCAAACAGUACUAUUAGUAGUACUAGUUCCACCACUCUCUUUCUCUUCCACCCCAAAAAAUAACUUCUCCUCUCAAUCUUAUCCAAUUUUAUUUCUUUAUCCUCUCCUAGCAACCUCUUAAUCUCCUUUCAGUCAAAAAAACCACCAAUAUGAUACUUAAAUCUCCCCCACUCCACCAUAUUUAGGAUUUCAAAUCUUGUUCUUUUCCACCAGAUAGGCAAAACUGUUUGGAAGAAAAGGAAAGAAAACAACAAAGAAAAAUUAUAUAACUAUGAGAGCUGGAGGUUGCUCGCUGCAGCAAGGUCUCACCACCGAGGCUGCUGGGGUAGUGAAACAAGCCGUAGCCUUGGCUCGCCGCCGCGGCCACGCGCAAGUGACACCCCUUCACGUGGCUCAUACCAUGUUGGCUGCCUCAACUGGCUUAUUGAGGCAAGCUUGUCUUCAAUCUCAAGCUCAGUGUCACCCUCUUCAGUGCAAAGCCUUAGAGCUUUGCUUCAAUGUGGCCCUCAAUCGUCUCCCAGCGUCCAACUCCAGUCCCAUGUUGGGGGGCCAUCAUCACCAUCAUCAUCAUCAUCACUCUCAAAACCCUUCCAUCUCCAACGCUUUGAUCGCUGCCUUUAAGCGGGCUCAGGCCCACCAAAGGCGCGGUUCUAUUGAGAAUCAACAGCAGCCACUCUUAGCCGUUAAGAUUGAGUUGGAACAGCUCAUUAUCUCCAUCUUAGAUGACCCAAGUGUGAGUAGAGUCAUGAGAGAAGCCGGUUUCUCAAGUACCCUAGUGAAAAGCAAUGUUGAACAAGCUGUUUCUUUAGAGAUAUGUUCCCAAACGACUCCUAAUAAUAAUAAUUCCGCGACUACUACUAAUAUUAACAAGUCAUCAUCGUCGUCUAAGGAGAGUAAUCUUUUAGUCCUCUCUCAUCAACAGCAGUCUUCUCCUUCUAUGGUCAACCACAUCAACGGGUCGAAGCCGGGCAAACCCGCGGCCCUAUCGGAUCCGAUCAGGGGCGAGGACGUGGCGAGUGUUGUAGAGAGCUUGGUGAGCAAUAAGAGAAGAAGUAUUGUAGUCGUUGGGGAGUGCCUUAGUAGCAUAGAGGGCGUGGUUAGAGGAGUGAUGGAGAAAGUUGAGAAGGAUGAUGUCCCUGAGGGUUUAAGAGAUGUUAAAUUCAUACCCUUUUCUCUCUCCUCUUUUGGGAAUUAUUCAAGAGUUGAAGUUGAGCAAAAGUUCGUAGAGCUCAAGAGCCUUUUGAGGAGUUGUAUGGCCAAAGGGGUGAUUUUGUACUUGGGGGAUCUCAAGUGGGCAACUGAGUAUAGGGCUAGUACUAGUUCUAAUAAUAAUACCAGUGAUUAUAGCCAAGGGAGGGGGUAUUAUUGUCCCGUGGAGCAUAUUAUUAUGGAGCUCGGGAAAUUGGUAUGUGGGAUUGGAGAACAUAUUGGGAGAUUUUGGCUUAUGGGGAUCGCCACUUUUCAGACGUACAUGAGAUGUAAAUCAGGUCAUCCAUCGUUGGAGACUAUUUGGGGUAUUCAUCCUCUUACAGUUCCAGCAGGCAGUUUGCGCUUGAGUCUCGUCACUACUGACAGUGAACUAAAAAGUGACGAGUCCAGCAUAAAAAACGGGACGUCUAAAAGCUUGAGCAUAGUUGAAAGUGGAGAAAAACAACUCAGUUGCUGCGCCGAGUGCUCAGCCAAGUUUGAGGCCGAAGCUCGAAGCUUGCGCAGCACCACCGACCAUCAGUCCACUACUUCUUCCAACCUACCAGCAUGGCUGCAACACUGCAAAAACGAUACCAAAGGACUUCUCAAAUCUAAAGAUCAGAACUGUGCUCAAGUGGCAGACCUUUGCCGAAAGUGGAACUCAUUUUGCUAUUCAACUCAUCAGCAACCAAACUCUAACAUUUCAGACAAAACCCUUAUCACAUUCUCUUCUUCUUCCUCUGCUUAUUCUGGAUUUUCAUAUGAUCAUCAUUAUCAUCAUCAUCAACAACAGAACCAAAACCCUAAUGUCGACUCAUGGCCAGCAGUAUCAGAGGUGGCAAAACAUCCAUGGAGGCAUCAAAAUUAUGUCUGGGACUCCGAACGCAGUAACAAGGCUAUUAAUAUUGAUAAUGAUCAACAGCCGAGUUUGAGAAUGUUUAUCCCAGAAGGCCCAAACCAAAAGCCUCCAUUUUCUUCUAAUCCCAACUCUACUCCUACCUCGGCUUCUUCAAGCGACGUCGUUAUGGAGACGGAAUAUUCCCAAAGGUUCAAAGAACUUAACGCCGAGAACCUCAAAACCCUAUGCAACGCUUUGGAAAAAAAAGUGCCAUGGCAGAAAGACAUAAUACCCGAAAUAGCCUCCACCAUCUUGAAAUGCAGAUCAGGCAUGGUAAGAAGAAAGGGUAAUAACAAAAAUACAGGUAUCAAUAUUCCGGACGUAAAAGAAGAAACGUGGUUGUUCUUUCAAGGGGUUGACAUGGACGCCAAAGAGAAGAUAGCUAAAGAGUUGGCUAGGCUUGUCUUUGGUUCUCAAAACGACUUCGUUUCGAUCGCUCUGAGCAGUUUUUCAUCGUCGACGAGAGCCGAUUCGAGUGAGGAUUGUGGCCGGAACGUUAACAAGAGAUCAAGAGACGAACAAAGCUGCAGUUACAUCGAGAGGUUCGGUGAAGCGGUGUCGUUUAAUCCCCAUAGGGUGUUUUUGGUAGAAGAUGUUGAGCAAGCGGACUUUUGUUCUCAAAUGGGUUUUAAGAGAGCCAUUGCAAGAGGUAAAGUUGCCAACUCGAGUGGCGAAGAGGUUGAUUUUAGGGACGCUAUCGUCAUUUUGAGCUGUGAAAGUUUUAGCUCCAGAUCAAGAGCUUGUUCUCCUACAAUCAAGCAAAAAAUGCACAUGGAAUCAUCAUCAUCAGAUCAUCACCAUGAUCAAGAUCACCAAGACCAAGAUGAUCAUGCUGACAAUAAUGAUAGCCAGGUACUUGAGGAGACUAUGAUUAGUCCUUGUGUGUCUCUGGAUUUGAACAUUUCCUUUGAUGAUAAUGAUGAAGGCGAGGAUCAGCCUUCUAUUGAUGACAUCGGUCUUCUUGAAUCUGUCGAUAGACGGAUUAUUUUCAAGCUUCAAGAAUUAUGAAGAAAAUAAAAACAAUAAUUAAUUCAAUUCCCUUUCAUGUUCUAUAAAAUGCUUCUUCGAUCGAUCUAGUCUCUUCUUUGCUUUAUUUUCUUCUUUUGUUGUUUAACAUGUCUCUCUUUUAGAUUUUUGACACAUCCUAGGGCCAGGGACAGAAAUAGAGCUUAGAUAAUUGCUUUUAUUUUCUUAUGUAAAACUUCAUAAUGUGUACAUUGUAAUCUUCCGUGAUGAUAUAUAUUCUGUGUAAUAGGUUGGUGGGGUUAUUAAUUAUUAAUACCGUACGUCAAUCGCUCUCUAA